AUGCACCAGGGAACGUGCUCAUUUGCUCAGGCAAUGAUGCCACAUUUGGUACAACAGCUGCAGUUGGAGUUCCCAUCUGGUGAAGCUGAAUCCACUGUCGUUCUCCAAGAGCCAGUUGUUUUCUACACAGGACAAAUAGGUAGAGGCAGCUCUAAUGGCUUACAUUGGCCUUUCCUACCAUCACAUCCGCCCCUGCACAGGUCAGAGAACAAUUUGACCUACACAUCUCCGUUCUGGCCAAUGAGUACCAGUUCCUCAGAGCUGGUACCCCUCGUGGUGCUGUCCGUGGUGCUGAGCACCGGUGCAUUCGGCCCUGUACUUGCAAGUGAGGGACCAAUACGACAGACAGGAAUCUGUUACAGGAGGGGAGGCUGCACCUGCCCCUGCACCUCUCACUCACCCUCAAUACCUUGGCAGGUGCCAUACAUACAGCCUUUGUCCUUGUGUUUUGGUUCCUGCGUGAUCAUCAGAGGGAGACCGAACCUCUCUUUUGUCAAUGACCCACAGCUGCAGGUGGAUUUCUGCACUGACACGGAUGGAGACUCAGGAAUAGCCUUCCAUUUCCGAGUGUACUUUGGCCACUGUGUGGUCAUGAACAGUCGUGAGUGUGAAGUGUGGAAGUGGGAAGAGAAAUCCGACCAUGUGCCUUUUCAGGAUGGCAUGCCAUUUGAGGUGCACAUCUACGUGCGUCACGAUGAGUACCAGAUAACGAUAAAUGGCGAACGCGUUUAUGGCUUUGGCCACCGACUCCCGCCAUCAUCUGUGAAGAUGAUGCGAGUGUGGAGAGAUGUCUCCUUGUCUUCAGUGAGUGUCUACUAUUGAAGGAGAUGAUCACACUCCUCAUUGUUGAGGAAUCCUUCUUUCUGCCUGACCGUGGAAUUCCCAGAGCCUGCUAACAGAAUAAUCUCUCAUCACCCCUUUCCCUACACUUGGCCAUUAAAACUGCACCAAACCUCACAUGAUUUGAUUCUUGCUUUAAGAAGGGGAAAGAGGAAGUGGUCAUCCCCAAGAGGGGCCAGGGCAUUCUAUGGGAGACAUCAUUCAAUCAAAGGGAAUAAAAACCUUCCAAUGACAAAAGAAAUGAGGGAAAAGGUCCCUGAAUUGUUUGAGAAGACAUUAGAAACAGCGUUCUUCUAUGGGACUUAGUUGACGUCAGACCCAAAAUACUUACUCAAUCUCAGAUGAUUCAUGGCACUGAAAUGUUAGGUGGCUGUUUACAGCCAUGCAGGUGUACCUGGUGGCUUUAGGAAGAAACUGUGACUUGAGGAAAAUCCUAUGGAAUGUCUUGAUUUUUCCAUUGUUCUUGGGAUGUUUAUUGUGUAUGAACACUGUGCCUGGCUUUGUGAGGGCUGCUGUGAAUAAACUGAAGAAAAAGAUGACAAAUUUUGCAUGUGAAGUUUUCAAUUCAAGUAAUAGAGAAUCACUGGAGCCCAGUGAUUUCCCUUGAAGAAUCCAAGUUAUCCUUAUGUGCAAAUAUUUGAAGAGUUUUCCACUUUAUAUGGGCAGAAUACAGGGGUUUCUAUUUGAAAAUAAAUGGUCAUGGUUUUAGAUCAGAGGACGUGUAGAACUGAAACAGACACAAUUCAUGCACACGGACAUAACAAGCAGACCCUGCUUUGCUGCUGUUCCGGUGACUAAUUGCGGCAUAGCAGACCUCCCAACACAUAUUGGCUAAAAGCAAUCAUUUAUUUUGCUCUCUCCCAGCUUUAAGGAUUUACUGAACUCACGUGACGGGAGUCAUGUUUUCGGAGGGAUCUUUUAGGCUGAGUUCCAGUUGAUGCUUUAUUUAUGUCCAACGCAGCACUAGGGCUGGUUGAAUACAUGGAAACUGGCUGGUUAUCUCCUUCACUACCUCACCUCCCCAUUCAUACCUCGAAUUUCCUAAAAUAACGAGUCUCGUGGUUCUUGGACUUAAUGAAUGUGAUUAGCCUUCUCCAAAGAAAGCCUUUCAAGAGGCUCAUGGAGAAGGUGCACAGCAUCAGAGGGCCUACCUUUGAAUGGCAGA